UUUAUUCUGCUUUUCUUUAAUUGUCCUUUGCUGUGUUUAUAGUUGCAUACAUAUUAUUCCUCUACUUACUUCAUGUUUCUUAAGUUAUCUGAUUUCUUUUCUACUUUAUUACUUUUUUAACAACAAUAUUUUUGUUUAUACAUAUUUUUCUUGUUUUUCAACAUCUUUAACUUUCAUCUAUGUUUAUUCUCUUGUCUCUUGUGUAGUAUUGUUUUUGCAUUCAUUUAUACUAUUAAUUAUUUUUGUAUUUCCUUUUCAUUUUAUAUGUGGUGUUUUUUUCUGUCACACACAAAAAAAACGUAUUAAACGUUAUUAAACCAAACUUUUGACGCAUACAGUUUGCUGUCCCCACGAGACCGUUUAAAGUCCCGACUUCUACUCGCAAGGGAUCUUUUGGAUAUACCGCCAAAAACUUGUGGCGCAUUAAAUUCAUCCCCAAAACCCGUUUGAUGAUACCGAGAUGUAAGAUUAUGUGAUGCCAUUCAAUGUUACUGCAUCAACUGGUCAAAAGCGUUUUUGGUGUCACUGGUAGCAGCCCCGGGGAAGAUUGGCGAAACGAACUUUGGCACGAGAAUGUGGGAGUUAAACGUUCACAGUGCAUUAAUUUUUCACAAAGUAAAAGUGAAACUCAUGCUAUCGAUACAUAUUCUACCUCCUUCUACCUUCUCGGUGAAUCCUGUCCCAUCGAUGAACCGGAAUGGUUCCAAUUCAAAUGCCUCUCAGUCAGUCACUGUUUGUCCCUUCGAUUGGUUGUGGUUUUUUGUUGUUAAGCUAAAAUAAGAUUCGAAAAGUUUUCCAAAAAUACAGUUGCAAUUAGUGCAAAGUUUAGCCAUCAAUUAGUCGCCGACAGGUUGGAUUCAUUCAUUCCGUUUACUGUGUGUGUGUGCGUGUGGCGUAAAUUUCAAACGAGAUCCUCCGUUAUCCAACACGCAUGUUCCGCAUUUUGCUGUUCUCACCGCAGGCUGCAGCUCACUUACCGACUCACGCUAUAUUCACCAGCAAACGCAACGGCGGAGACAGUAUAUAAAGUGGGAACGCAGUGGCGUUACAUUGGUUCAGUUCGUCCCGGAACCGGAAGCAACAGGUCUCGCACAUCCCGGUGUUUUCGGAAAGGGAAGUUUAGUUUGGGAAAGUGUUCAAAGUGGGCUCCUUACAGGGACCAUUCCAGUGUGAUCGUACGCAGUGAAUCGUUUUCUUACAAUGGUGAAUUGUGGCUCCAGCAAUAUUCACAAUCAUUAAGGAAAAGAUCAGAGUCAGUGUCUGACAGUUUCUGUGGUGUAGAAAAGUGUUUGUGAAAAACACCAAAAAAAAAACAGCAGAAAGUGGGAAAAUUCAUUCAUUGCCAGGUGCUUGGCGUAACGCAUUAGUGAUCGUAACAAUGUGGCACCUGUGGAUUGUUCUAUUGAUAUUUACGGCAGAUUUCUCCUUUUCAGACGGAACUGUGUACGGCAGCGUUAACGAAGGUCCCGAUGAUACCGGCCAUGGUUCACCGUCAUCGUUUUCCAGCUCCAGAUCACUACCGUCCCAACCCAUAGACUUCGUCGACACACGUCCUGCUGGGUUGGAGCGGGAUCACGUCAACGAAGCCGCGCGGAAGGAGAUGGAUCUGUUUAGCCAGUUGAAACACAUGCAGCAUCUGUCGCGCAACGGUCCACACCGAUCAACACCGUACACCGCGUCCGAGUCCGAGAUGGCCGGUGUCAGAAGAUCGCUAGCAACAGUGCUGCAGGUGUUGCUGCCGUACGGCCGACUACAGCAACGUCCACAUCUGUCAGCCGUGGAUCAAGACCCGUUCGACGAGGAAGAACUGCUCGGUGAACCACUGAUACCCGAUCGACCCAAUUCGGCGAACUAUCUGCUUCAUGGCAAGCUGGUCCAGAUUGGCCCAAGGCAGCGUACAACCGCAUUCGGAAGCCCGACUACCGAGCCUGAAAGUCGCAGUGAAGGAACGGCAGAUGAAACGUUUGGAACCGUUGGCCAGAAGCGUGCGGCGGCCCUUCGUUCGACGAUGGCUCGCCGAUCACACAUUAUGCCUGCAGUUUCGGGUGGCGGUGGAGGAGGCGGCGGAGGAGGCGGAGGUGGAGGUGGAGGAGGGAUGGAUGAUGGCAGCUUUAUGCCUUCCAUCAGUGUUGGUGAGUUUUACGGUGCGCUAACAAACUUGGGCGAUUUCUUCCAAAAUCUCAAGCAAAACCUGGAAUCGCUAGAGUCGAAAAAUCUGAACAACGAUCAGGUGAAGCUGCUCGAGGGACAAAACAUGAUCAGCAAUCUGCGCAAAGGGUUCUUCUAUUCCAGAGUUUGUCGAGGAGUAUCCCAAGCCGGCGGGCAGUGCCGCUUUCCUACACGCCAUCCGGAACUAUCGGCCCUCGCACCGGAUUCGGGCACUGGUGUCUACCGUGCCGGAGCUUUACCGUGGUACGAACUUUCACGAUCCCGUCUACAUGCUUGCCGGACUCGGAAAAUGAGCUACCCGCCAACGAUCCGGCCACCCCAUUCGGUCCUGUUGGCCACAUGCUAGGUGAAUCGGUGAAGUGACUGCAAAUGUUUUUCUUUCCCCCGGAUCUCUUUUUCACCGGAUGCUUUACUAAACACCUUCUUCCCAAAAAAAAAACUGUAUGAAUCACAACGGAAAAUCCCACUUAUUGCCCUGCUCGUGUACUUGCUUGUAAAUAGGUGCCAAUAAUGUAACGGUGGGGGAAACACUGUUUCACCAACAAAACCAAUUUGCCCCAAAAAAUAGCGUGAAAAUUAGUGUUUCGCUUCAUCCCUAGAAAACACUACCAAUUAUAUCUAUCAAUAUUAUUAAUAAAAAAAAUAACAUUUAAAAAAAAAUAUAUUAAUAAACACAAGAACAAACAGUGUGUUGAUCGCAUCAAGCAUCAAACAAAGCACCAAAAACAAAAUGUUGGGUACAAAACAAAACCAAGCCAAAAACAAACAUAAAAUAAGACGAGAUGUUUUUCAAUUGUUUGGCCCAGGAUAAAUAAAAUGGAAAGGAAUCCGAAAAAAAAUGGGAACUAUAGGAAGCAUUCAAUUACGUUAAGGCCAACCAACAUGAAGGUGCUUGGUAGUUGGAUAAUAAUUUUGUUGAUACCAAAAAGCAGAAAGGUAAUUGUAACGUGAGGUAAUGGACACCUAGGAUAGCUUGUGUGUGUGUGCAUGGGUCAACAGGAACGGAUGGAAAUUGGUGACAAAAGCAUAUGAACAGGAGUAGGCGAAAACGGUGAUGAAUUUUCAUUAUUACAUGUCAAUAAAUUGUACCAACCAGUUUCGCUUUUGAUGUGUGGAAUAAAUUAAUGAUCUGUCA